AAAAAAUAGAAUUGAGUUUUCUUAUGGAAACCGAAGCUCCGGGCAGGCUGAAGAAUGCCUCCCUCUUUGUCAUUUGGUUACUAAUAAGACAUCCCUAAGAAGGAACAGUGGGGCUACUAUGACUCCCACAGGAUUCCACCUACCUCAUAGUGGCCCCCUUGAAGUCAUUGCAGAGAUAACUUCACCAGCCCCUGAGCCCACAACACAAGUCGGCUGAGGCCAAUCGUGGGUGAUCAUCCUCGGUCCUCUCUCUGGCCGAGGUGUGGCCCAGACCUCCCCCCACGCCCCACAGAGGCACCUCUGAGGGAAACAGAAGACAGAACAAAGCCCACCCACUACAGAGAGGAGGAACCAGGUGGACUUUUCCAGCCACCACCCUGGAGAUCCUGGCACCUAGUGCUCUACGGUCAUCUCCGAAAGAGUAUCAGAGAAACAUGGUGUCACCAUCUCUAGCCUCAAAUGCUGUGGUGGCUAGAGACCAAGAUGCCAGUACAUCACAGGCCCGAAGCCAGAGUGAGAGUAAGAAUGGGCCCAACGUUAGCACCCUGCGGAAGCCCACCAUAUCUAAGGUGAUCCUGAGGGCUGUGGCUGACAAGGGAGUACAUAGCCGUGUGUCUCUUGCUGCCUUGAAGAAAGCUGUGUCCGUUACAGGGUACAAUAUGGCCCAGAACACCUGGCGCUUCAAGCGUGUGCUCCAGAAUCUAGUGAAGAAAGGUAUGCUCAAGCAGGUGACCGGCAAGGGUGCCUCGGGCUCUUUCCGCCUGGGCAAGAAGCAGGCCUUCAAGUCCAAGGGCAGAGCCAAGAGAUGCCAGCAGAGGCAGCAGAAGCAGCAGAGGGAGCAGAGGCAGAAGCCUGCACAGUGCCUGUCUGGACCACGACGAUCCCUACUAAGCUCCAGAAGGAGCAAUAACCAGCUUUUCAAAGGAGUUCAUAGGGUGACUAAAGGCUGCCAAUAAUAAGGCAGGUCAGGCAGGGUGCCAGGCUUGCCACGAAGUGGGAAUAAAAACCCAACUUAU